AAGAUUUAAAAAAGGCCUUUAAAAAGAUUUUUGGAAGCGAUUUUUUUCAAGCAUCUGAAAGAUUUGCCAAGAAGUCCACUAAUUUAUUAGAAUAUGACGAAACCAAAUUUUUCAACCCUUAUGUCGUUAGGUACCGAGCAUUAAGUAGCAAGGUUGAAUUAACCGAAUUAUUUCAAAUCCUCUCUCAUAUUAGUAAAUACCGCGGCUACAAAGAGUUUUAUCUUGAUAAUAGUCUUGAAGAAAAAGAUGAAGAGACCAAAAAGACCUAUGCGGCAGUUGGAGAAGCAAAAAGAGAAAAAUUAGAAGAAGAGGUCAGAAAAAUCCUAAUUGAACAAAGUAAGCAUUACUCCCAACUGCCUAAAAUAUUUGAAAAAAGUUUAGAAAUUAAUAGAAUAAGGGAAACCAGAACCGAUAUUGAAAAAAUAAUUUUUCGUCAAAGAGAUUUUGAAGAUGGCCCAACCAAGAUUGAACCUAAAAACCAAGAGCAAAAAGAAAUUAUUCACUGA